CAGAGGCAUGCGCAGCACGGCGGCAAGCUUUCUCCUCCAAAUUCGAUUCGAGUCAACCGCGAGGGCGAGGGCACGGGCGGGCGCAUUCGUCGGCCGCUGGGGGAAAACACCGCGGCGCACCGGACCGCACGCAUCGGCGGGUUUCCUCUCCGCCGCACGCCCGCACCCCCGAUCGGCCCGAGGAGGAGGCGGAGGGAAGGCGACCGGGACCCAUGUCGUGGCUCCGUAAUGCGGUGCACCGCGCCGUCGAGGCGGGCGGCGGCGGCAUCUCCCUCACCACCCGCACCGUCCGGACCGGUCUCGGCUACGCCGGGCAGGCCGUCGUCGGCGGCGCCAGGCUCAUCAACGGCAUCGGGAAUCGCUACUACAAGAGCUUGAAGCUGACGGCCAAGAGGCUGGAGGAGGACGCGCUCUCCUGCAGAGGGGAGGAGAGGGUGCAGCUGCUGCGUCAGUGGCUCGUCGAUCUCAAGGAGACGGAGCGCGCCGCCUCGUCGAUGCCUGUCGACGGUCCCAAUCAAGCGGCGCCAGUCUUGGAUCUGUACGUGGAUUACGAGAAAGCGGAUGAGCCCAUGACCUUUUUCCAUGUUUUCCUCUACAGUCAAGCGCUCGAGUGCAUUGUUCCGUCCAUGGUGGGUUCGGUUUUGCGCAGCUCGAUUACGCCAAUGUGCCAGCUUCUGCCAUGUAGUAGCUUACAUGGAAUGUGUCUUAACGGAGGGGAGGAUGUGCACAAUACACUUCUGAGCAGCAUAUGUGACUUGGCAGACUUAUUUUCGUGUUACAGUGAUGAAGUAUUGGCAAAACGUGACGAACUGCUUCAGUUUGCUCAAUGUGCCAUCUCAGGAUUAAAAAUAAAUUCCGAAAUUUCAAGAUUGGAUAAUGAGAUCAUGCAGCUGCAACAAGAGAUAAAUGCAAUUGAUGCUGUGCGAGUUAACACAACCAGGAACCGUAAUAAAGCAUCUCCGAGGGUCCCUGAGGACUACAAAACUGCAGCUGAUGAGGUUCGUCUAUGCUCCAGAAUGGAAGACCUUGUAUUAAAGAAGAAAUCAAUACACCCUGGCGACUCACUGGAGACUCAUUUUCAGAAGGUCGAUAAGCUGAAGGUUUUGUCAGAAUCCCUUGCAAAUUCGUCCGCCAAAGCAGAAAAGCGUAUAAUGGAAAAUAGGCUGCAGAGGGAAGAAUCUCUUAGCUUCAAAAUUACGAAAACAAAUGAAGUUAGUAUAACUGAAAAGGAAUUAGAAGGUGAGAUCUCUGGACUCCAGAAGCGAAGGGGUCAACUUGAGGUAGAACUAAGCAAAGUAAAUACGAAACUGAAUGUGACUGUCGUGAAGCUUAAAAAAACUAGAGAGGAGAAAGAUCAAUUUGAUGAAGCCAGCAAUCAGAUAGUGCUACACUUGAAAGCAAAGGAAGAUGAACUAUCAAGAUCUGUUGCUUCCUCCAAAGUAGAAGCAAGCACUGUCCGAGCUUGGAUCAACUUUUUAGAAGAUACAUGGAAGUUGCAGUCUUUAUAUGAAGAAAUAAAGGAAAAACAGGCCAAUGAUGAACUGGAUAGAUGUGGAGUCUGCUUUGUGAAUUUGAUUAAGCAUCAUGUUUCCGCAUGCGUGGACGAGCUGAAUACCUCUGUAGAUUGUAUAAAGACCUUUGUUGACAACUUGAAAAUUUUCAGUGACAGAUCAGUAUCAACGGAUGAUGGAGGUCUGUCAAAGCAAUCGAACCCACGUAAAUACCUCGAGGAAGAAUAUUUGGAAACUGAGAAAAAGGUGGUAACCGCAUUCAGUUUAGCUGAUAAUAUCAGAGCAUUGACAUUCUCAAAUCCAGAGCGUAAAACCAGGCUAGAUGACCCUGAGGUGAAAAAUCUGUUUGCCAGCAUCGACAGGCUGCGGGUCGAAUUCGAGUCGGUUCCACGGCCAGUACUGCAGAUCGAGAUCAACGAAAAAGAAGAGGGAUCGAGACGAACCCGAUCGCCCUCCUCCAAGGGCGGCGGCGGCGGCACGCCAACCCAUUCAAGAACCGAGUCCCCAAUCGCCGCCCAGCUCAGGACGCGGCUACCGUCGGAGUCGGACUCGGAGCCGGGGAAGUUCGACCAAGAUUACAGGGAAUACGGGGCCGACGACAUCGGCGGGUGGGAGUUUGAUGAUCUUGAAGGCGAGCUGCGGUCUGGCUUCUAGCAAAGGCUCGAAUAGUUGGUGUACAAUCAUUAGCACUGAAGAUCGGGGUAUGUAUGCGAUGUGUAGCACAUAGUUGUGGUGUACAUUAUGAUCCGCUUCAUUC